AUGGAACAUUAAAAUUAUUGUACAACUGAAAAUGGAGUUAGAGUUUGUAAUGUUAGUUCUACAUUACCUAAUUGUGCAGCUGAAAAUAUUCUAAUUUAAGAAAGGAAAGUAAUAAUAAAAUAUUAAUUUUAUAGGCAUUAUGGAUGUCUUUAGCAGGAUUGCCUCAAUACAUUACAUUAGAUUUAUCUCAAGUUUAAGAAAGACCUAAAUUUAUUAAAUGUUUUGGUUUUGAUUGUUGGCAUGAUUAUUAAAGUAAUCCAUCAGUGAUUGAAUUGAUGGUAUCAUUAAAUGGAGAAAAUUUCAUUACUUGGACAACUCUAUAUCCUGAAUUGAAAUAAGGAAUAUAAUUAUUUUAAAUUGAUCCUUUAGGAACUAGAUAUCAAUUUAUUAAGAUCAUUAUAAAGGAGACUUUUGGUGCUUCUAAAACUUAUUUAAAUUAAGUAUAUUUACUUGAAGAAUAUGCUAUGAUUAGUACAGAGAGCGUAACAGAAUCUUAGCAAUAGACUGAGAAUAAUCAUAGUUAAUAUAAACAUUAAUUUGAAAAAGAGGAACUUGAACAUCAUGAGAGAUCUGAUAGAAUGGAUAGAUUUGAAAGAAUGGAAAGAAUAGAUAGAAAUGAAAGAAAUGAUAGAAAUGAUAGAAAUGAAAGACAAGAUAUUAAAAUAAAUGAAUAUCAUGAUUUAGCAUAAAAGAUUCAUAGUAUGGGAAGAGAAGUUGCUAGUUUAAAAUAGAGUCAUUAAUAAGGAAAAUCAAGUUAAUCAUAAACUAAACAAGGAUUCCAUAAAAGCAAUAUUACAGAAGAUGUUCCAGAUUCUUUUUAAAGAUUAACAUCAACAGAAAGAAUGGUAUUAGAUAUAUAAAGCAAAAAUUUGAGUGAAAUUAAUAUAUUAAAAAAAGAAGUUUAAGAAUGGAAAGAUAAAUGUGAAUAAUUAGAGAGUCAAGUUUAAAGAUUAUUUAAAUUGGUUACUUAAAUUAAAGAUAAAUAAUAAGAAUAAGAGGAUUCAAUACAUAAAUAUAUAUAAUAGAAUUAAAGUGAAGUUAGUUUUGAUGCCAAUAAAAGAUAAGUAUAUAAUAAUGGUUAAAUAACUCAAUAAUAAACCUAACAAUCUUAAUAAGUAACAUCUACACCAUAACCUUAAUAAUAAUAAUAAUAAUAAUAAUAACAAUAAAUGAGCAAAUUUGAAGAAGUAAUUGAUAAGAAAAUAAGUGAACUAUCAGGUAACUUUUAAAUUUUAUUUUAAUAAUAAGAAUCAAAAUUUAAAAAUUAAUAAAAAGAUUUGAUUAAAAGCUUCAAGGAUUAUAUUCAAUAUGAUUAACAAUAAGAAAAGUAUAGAGAUUAUGAAAAAAAGAAACCAGUUUCUAGGGGAAGAUAAAAAGAGAAAUCUGUAUCAAAAUCUUCAUCAAUUAAAUCAUCACAUAGUUCUUCAAGUAGUUCAAUCAUAAAUUUCAUUAAAUCAAAAAAGGUUUAAUCCAAAUCAAGAUAACAAUCUAAAUCACGUUUAAAAUCAUUACCAAGAUCUAGAUCUCCUGUUGAUUCAAAAGAAAAUGAUAGGUACGAAAAUAAUAGAUUAUCACCAAAACAAAGAAAAGUGGCAUCAUUAUUAGGUAAAUUGUAAUAAAAGUUAUAAAAAAGAGUAAAUUUAUAUAAUUUAUUAAUUAGGCUAAAAAAAUAGAAUAGUUAAAUUUAUCUUAAAGAAAGACAAAAAAGAGAGGUAGUAUACAGAAUUAAAUGGAUUAAUCUAAUUCAUCUGAUUAUUGA